UUUGAAUGUUCAUUUUAAUUAUGUCUUUUCGCAACGGUUACAAUUCAAUUUUGGUAUGCUCCUUUUUUCAAUGCGAAAUCAUUGUGUGACUCCAACUUUACCAUGGUAAUACUGCAUAUCAUUCGUACGUGUGACCUUGGUGUAUCGGCGCAGUGUGGAGGAACCUUAAUGGCAACGAUUGAAGAAUCGAGAGCCUCUGGCUCAGGUUCCUGCGGUUGGACGGUAACUGUAUCUGCCGAAGGUACCCAAGCUGUAGUGUACUUGACUCUCUUAGUAACCGAUCCAGGAUGCAAGGACUACGUCGCUGUAUACGACUCUACGACUGCGAACGACAGUUCCCUAAUAGGUUCCAAGCAAUGCCAGGAUGACAUAAGUCAGUAUGUGUUCACCAGCACCGGGUCCGUCCUUUUCGUCGUUACAAGUGGAGUUGUUGGACAGAUAGAGUUUCUGUACUUUGCAGCAGAUACAACUGAACAGCCACUGUGCACGGUUCGUACCGAGGUGACACAACUUUCACGACUCAUGUCACCCAGCCUCCCAAACACAUACACAAGUAAUGAUUCGUGUGCAUGGACAUUUUGGUCGGAGUCCGGAAUCACAUUCACUGUUAUGAUGACCGACUUUUCCUGUCCUAAUGAUUAUCUGGAGAUUUAUGAUGGUCUACAUCGAUCAAGCCCCGUACUUAUUUCCCGUAGUGACGAUGGCAGUAAUAGCACUACUUUUCCAAUCCAUACAUCCGGGUAUUUUGCUCGCGUUGUUUUCUGGGCUUCAAGUGAUACAGAUUGUAGUACUAAUAACUAUGGUUUUCUGCUCACAUACGAGGUCGGCACAGUGGAUAUAGCACCGAACAGGACUGAAGGGUGUAAUACAACCGGCGUGUAUCUGGAUACACCGGAAAUGCAAUAUUACGCCUACAUUACCAUCGGAGAUGGAACCUAUGAUAAUUUCCUAAACUGUACUUGGUUUAUUACGGCACCCGAGAACCACGCAGUGAUGGUAGAGUUCGCUGACACGAAGGCGUAUGGCAUCGAAUUCAAUAGCUUUUGCCGCUAUGAUUCACUUACACUCUAUGACGGUAGCAACACCAGUGUGAGAAUGAACAAGUUUUGUGGGUACGUGAUGCCGCCCCACCGCUACCAGAGCACAGGAAGUGAUAUGACAAUCGUCUUCCUCUCCGAUUAUAUUGUUGGUAGCUCGGGGUUCACACUGCGUUACUACGUCAUUGACAUAGAAUCGCCGUACUGCAGAGAAGACUAUCCAUCUUAUGAAUCUACAUACAAUCUUCAGGCUGACUACAUUGCCAUCAACAGUACUUGGAAAUUAAACAUCGAUUAUCCGUCCACUUGGAGAUACCCUAAAAACGCCGAAGUAUUUUGGCUGAUAACGAUCGAAGACCCGAGCCUAUACAGGCUUGUUAUGAGCUUUAAGUACUCCCGCAUCGAGAGUUCCGUUGGGUGCACGGUGGACUGGUUUAUUCUCUAUAACGGUCCGUGUCGGACGGACGACAUACUGGACCGAACGUGUGGUCACUACGGAUACUGGCUAAAGACCUACAACAUUGAAGGAACCGAGUCUGCCUAUCUUCUUUACUUUCACAGCGACAACUCCUUCAAUUACAGAGGAUUUAUUCUGCAAUACUAUGCUGAAUUGAGGUCCGUGGAAGCUGUUGCAACCACCACACCAGUACCGACGUUUGGACCACCUGUGGACGCUGUAAUAGAGGCUAUUAAUGGAUCUUUGUUUGGAUACGUGAAGGACGUGAUGCCCAGUAGAGACACUAGCGCUGCUAUAGAAGCCCUUAUUAAUUUCUACUUGGUUGGAGUGAAUGGUUUAGAUGAGGACACUUUCGUUCUCAAGGUUGAGCAGAAACUGACGUCUACGUUGCAGCUUGAGGUCGAGUGGACGGAUAUAAGUCUUGCAUGGGAUCCAGAAAAACGGGACGGUAUCGUUCGAAUGUUGUUACCCCAAAACGACAUUUGGAAGCCAGAUAUCACUCUCAUGAAUGGAUUCAAAAAAAUAACUGCGAUGGGUGACUCAUUUAUGUACGUGGAUGUAAACUACAACGGUACGUGUCUUUGGAAACCGUACCAAAUAGUCGAGACCACAUGUCAAGUCGACAUGACCAACUUCCCGUACGAUAGUCAGACGUGUUAUUUGCAGUUCGGCACUUGGUCUAGUUCAGAUGAGAUAAGUACGGAGUUCGGGGAAGACGGACUACAGAGACACCACAAUUUUCAAGACCAUGCAGAAUGGAAAGUUAUUUUAUUAGGAGUAGAUACGUCGACUAAUAACACUGGAGGAGCUGUUAGGUUUCACGUCACCAUCGAGAGAAAUUCCAGGUUUAUUACAUUCUACGUGACAAUACCAACCGUGAUGUUGGCCUUUCUAACCGUGUUCCGUUAUAUUAUUCCCGUUGAAAGUGGUGAGAAGUCAGGUUUCAGCAUAUCAGUAUUUCUAUCAUUUGUGGUUGUUUUGAUUGUGGUUAAUGACACCAUGCCGGAUAAUUCAGACAAUAUAUCCUUGUAUGCAGCAUACUCCCUUACAAUGGCAAUUGUAAGUGCCCUCUCUACAGCCUUUACGGUCAUGCAAAUACGAGCUGCCACCCUUGAGACAAAACGUUAUUCCAUUCCACGGAAAAUCCAAGCACUUGUCAGACUUGUAUUACAGAACAGAGAUAAAGUAAUUAAUAUUUUAUCACAAUUACCAAAGGAACUAGAACAAGAAAAUGUUGAAGAAAUGAGUGUAGAAGAAAUCAAAGAUACAGAAAGUGAAGAUGACACCAGAGUUCCAAUUGAGCAUUUGUUUCCAAAGUAUGAUUGUAUGUAUCUUGAACGCGGCGCAACUGCCCUUGGAAUUGAAAGAAUGGUUACAGCAGCUUCUAUUCGUUUCGAUUGGGAUACAAAAAAAGAUGAUAAGUUUUAUCCUGAUGAUGACAAAGAAAGUAUUUCUAGUAAAAUAUCAAUGGAAAGUGAGGAAAGUUUAUCGAAAUACUAUGUCAAUGAUUCCACAUGUAAUUCGGACGAGACUAACACGAGCGAGGAAGAGUUGGAAAAUAUAGAUGAUCUCAAAAAGCACAAUGAAAGUAAUGACAUCAAUGAACACGUCACUGAAUCAUUAAUAGAAGCUGACAAUAUUGAUGAUAAUAUUGAUAAAAUUACUAGACCUAUCGAUAUCCAAAACGAAUGGAAUGGCGUGGUCGAGGAUGAAACAGACAUAAAUGAAAACCCUAAUGCACCAGACGACCAGCUUAAUGCAGAGCAGGCUAACGGGUCACAAGUUAGAGUGAUAAGUGUAACUAGUUGUAAAAAUAACGAAAACAAUAUAAUAGAAAAUGAAAACGACGAAGAAAUCGUUCGUGAGGUUUUAAAUAGCAGCCCUAUCGGAGAGCGCAUUGAUUUUGUAGCAUCUAGGCCAACAUCAAGAUCCGUAUCUUUCUUCAACCAUCGAGUACGUCCCAUAUCACCAAACCGAACUAUAUCCGCACAAGAAAGUCGACCGAGUUCACGGGGAAAUCGACCAUUGUCGCGAACUAGCCGAGGACGGAAUAUAUUGCGAUCGGCUUUUCGGAAACGGAACAGUGUCGAUGUGACUGACGGUAGUUACACUUCCAUGAGAGUAACAUUUAGAACGGACAGUGGGCACGAACAUGAGACAUUGUGUGAUGAUUCCAAAGGUGGUAAAAGUAAAGAACCUAACGAUUCAAUCUUUGUGGGCCGACCGCCCUCUGCCAUUUCGGAAGCAUGGUGUAUAUCGGAUACAAUUACUGAUGAGCCAUUUCCAACGGAAGACUUAGCUGGCCAUUCUUUUGAUGACAAUGGACGUGCCAUAAGUGGCAAAUCCGAGGAUGAUGAAAAACCAAUCGAGUGGCGGCACGUUGUCGAAUGUUCUGACAUUAUUGUGUUUGUUGUUUUAAUGAUCAUUACUCUCCUCUUUACUCUUGCCAUGUUUUUGUCAAUGAUCACAGGGUGAAAAUGAAUGAGACAGUUGUCGAUCCCACGUGUGUAUAAAAUGCAGUGUUUUGUAAUGAAACUAAAGAAGUAAAGUGAUGUUUUUGUAUCUUGAUUAAACACGUUGUCGAAUGUUCUGACACUAUCUGUUUGUUGUUUUAAUGUUAAUUACCCUUCUCUUUACUCUUGCCAUGUUUUUUUUCAAGGAUCACAGGGUAAAAAUGAAUGAUGCAGUUUCCGAACCCACGUUUGUAUAAAAUGCAGUGUUACUGAUGAAAUUAAAG